AUUUUCAGUUAUAUUCUUAAUGUUCCAUUCACUAAUGAUGAUAAAACUGGAAUAGUUUACGUAUGGAUUGGAUCGAAAUCGGAUCCUGAAGAAGCUCAUUUAAUUGAAGAAAUAGCUCGAGAAAUGUUCAAAAACCCCUGGAUAAGUUUUCAAGUCUUAAAUGAAGGUGAAGAACCAGACAACUUUUUUUGGGUUGCUUUAGGAGGCAAAAAAUCUUAUGAUACUGACGAUGAUUACAUGUGUUAUACCCGGCUAUUCCGGUGCUCUAAUGAAAAAGGAUAUUUUAUGAUUAGUGAAAAAUGUUCAGAUUUUUGUCAGGAUGAUUUAGCUGACGAUGAUAUUAUGAUACUGGACAAUGGUGAACAAGUUUUUCUAUGGUUGGGUGCCCAUUGCUCGGAAGUAGAAAUAAAACUAGCUUAUAAAUCUGCUCAGGUAAAUUUGACUUGUUUU